CAGCCCUGUACCUCUCGGUCUCGGAAGCUCUGGCGGAUCUUUUCCUGCGGAAGGUCCGUUGCUUCCCUUUCGGGGAAGUCGCAGUUGUUUUUAUUUCCUGGCUGGCGCGGAGCUUUCGCCAUCGCGUGCCGACUGGCGCGAGCUCACUUACACCUCCUGCGCGGCGCGGGCUCUUCAGAAUUUUUCUGUGCCCGGGCUCGCCGAGGCGUUUUGGAUUCGGUUUCGGAGCGCGCAACUUUGCCGCAGACAGGGGUUGGGCACGUCUACAGCCUUUGCGCCGGGGAGCCCCGAGGCUUUUGCGUCCUGGGGCGCCGUCGCAUUCAUGCCCGGGAGGCCCGGAAUUUGCCCUUCCGGAAGGCCCGGGGCAUUGUCUUCCCGGAAUCCAGGAACCAAUUGGAUUCCCCUGCCGGCCGGGCCACAAUUUUCUCCCCCUGGGAGGCUUAUGUUUCCCACGCCCCGGGGGGCCUGCCGUUUCUCAUGCAAGGGUCCCG